UUCCAUUAAGGCUGCCUCUCAACAGCAGAAUAUUACAACCCACACCCAUACGCCUACAUUUUUGUACCAGUUCCAGCAAAGUGACAAAUGAAAUUGAAACCGCUUGAAUAUCUUUUAAGAGACUAAUUUCUAGAUAAAUGGCCAUCAACGUUUCCAUCUCUUAUCAUGUUAUAUAAUGCUGUAGUUUUCCUAAAUAAAGUAGCUGUUAACGGCGGUAAACAUCUCCACUCUACUAAUUGCAGGAGCCGUUCAGUCCACGCUUGACAGAGAGGCACCUGGCGGACUUAUCGAGAAGAACAUGAAGCAGUAGUCGUUUCAGUUUUGACGUGAGCGGACGGUCCCGUAGGAAGUACAUGGCGCGACACCAAUGCAUGCUAACGAGAUACAACUGAACGCUGUUUCUCUUGAAGUGAAGUGCAGUGAAUUGUGUACGUGUACAAUAUAAUAAAUGUCUCGUGAUAUUUUUGUGGAAACAACAUGACACGUAGAAGAAAUACUAUAAAUAUUUAUGACUAUCCUGAGCAUUUAAAUCCAUUCCGUGAAGAUGCUGACGACAAUAAUGAAAAAUUCAACACAACAGUACGACGAUGUUCACCAUUUAGGGUCAACGCUUGGAAUGUAUUUUCAUCAAACAAAGGUAAAUCAAUGGCUUCCGAGGAUAUUGACCGAGUAAGCUCAAGUGCAUCUAGUCGCUUCAUGACAUGGACACCCAAGUUACUUAGAAAAGCAAGUUUCCGCCAGUCUUCACGAAGCAAAGCAGCUGAGUUUCUAGGUCCACGGGGGACUCUGUCGCCUAUUAUGUCACGACUGUCAUUUCGAAACACUGCUUCACAGCGUAUGGUUCCACCUGCUAGCUCACGAUCCUCUCUUCCACCUAGCGCUUCACCAGCAUCACUGCAUUCUAGCAAAUCAAGAGUCACGCUUCCACCUAGCCAUUCACCUAAUGCAUUUUCAUCCAGCAAGCUCACCUCACCGCCUGGCAGACCAGCAGCUCCUAAUGUACGCACUUCGCUUUCACCUAGCAGGUCUUUAUUAGCACCAGCAGUGGCACCUAGUACAGGAAAUGCACCUAACAACGUAAAUACCGGAAGCAACCAAACAGCACCUGUUCUUGCGGUUGGUGUAAAUUUGUGUCCAGCAUCGCCUUCAGAGAAAAUAGUUGGUGAACAGGCUUCUGAAAAUGAGACCAAGUACAUCCAGCAAGGCGCAAAACCCAAAAAGAAGAGAAGAGCGCCUGCCCCACCAAUGACCUCCCCUGGCAAAUCCACAAGCGACAAUCGUCAAUUCAAUUCAAACGAGUCGGAUGCGUCGAUGACAUCAUCCGUCACUUCUAGCAGCGCUGAAGAGCCUUCACCAUACGAUCAAUCUGCGGCUGCUACGUCAGACCUCGAAGUGAUAUGUCAGGAACCAGAACUUGACUCCAAGAAUAGAGAAUCAGAUAGCCCUGACGUUAAGGAACCAGAACAGCUGAAGAGGAAACAGCUUUCUAGCUCCGAGAAGAGUGUACCAGAACAUCAUUUUGAGAAAGGAGCAGAACACUCUGAUAGACCGGAGAACACUGAAAAAGAGCUACAAGAAUUGGUACACACCCAUGUGAGUGAGCAUUCUGAACGUCGCGAUAAAAUGAAUGAUGGGAAAUGCGCUUUCAGAAAGGAUGAUGAUAAUGUAAUAGUAGAUAAUGGGGUCCGUGAGGAGUACCCCAGUUCUAAAAGUGAAAACGGUAACUUAAAGCUGCAAAGUACAUUCGGAAACGAAUUGCAAGAAAAUGGAAGUCAGCCAGAAGAUGGAAACCUCAGUUUUCAACAAGGCUGGAAGGUUCAUAAAGCGAAAAGUAGUGCAGAAAAUGAAUCAACGGAUGACCGAAAUGAAUUGGAUGAUGGUGUCCGAAAUACCGAAACCAGCAUCAAGAUUCCAGAAUCAUUCGCAGUAAACACUUACAGGCAAAAUGGAAAGAACUUUUAUUCCAAAAAUGUUGAUGUACAGAAUGAGGGGAAACUACACACUGAACACAUAAAACAAACUAAACAACUUACACCAGAACCAAAACCAAGGACGACACUACGCAAUAUGAUAAAGAACUAAAAAUUUCCUUAGAAAUUGUAAAAUAUUCAGAAGCAGAAAUCGCAGUGCUGAAUAGACGUUGAUAUAUAGAUCAUAAUCUAAUUUAAAUUAAGAAGGAAUUACACAAUUAUUGUUUUACUUGGCUGUAUUAAAUUAUAAUAUAUAUUCGCUAAACUCUAUAGUCUCUAUAAUAAAAUCUAAAGUGCUGACUCUAAA